AUGGUUGUGCUGCCAUAUUUUAAGUCAAAAUUGCAUUCCAUUUACAAUAAAGAAAGAGAAGCUACACUUCAAGCAAGUUUAUGGGGUCAUGGUGAUGAGAGAUAUGAUGAUACUGAUUAUGUUGAGGGAGGUGGUAAUUCUUUUGCUUCAACAAGCAAUUUGGAUGCCGAAGCAACAGCCAGAACACAUUUAACAAAGAGAAUUCAGAAGAUUAUAGGUGCUUCCUACCCAUGGCUCCAUGCUGGAAAUGAAGGAUUAUCAUUUGCUUAUCAGCUGCUAUAUUUGUUGGAUGCUACUGGAUUCUAUUCCAUAGGAUUGCAUGCACUUGGGAUUCAUGUCUGUCGAGCUACGGGGCAGGAGCUGAUGGAUACUACUUCUAGAAUUUCCAUGAUAAGAAGUCGUGAACGUGAUAGACUCCGGGGUCCCCCAUGGCUGAAGUAG